CUUCCGCAUAAUGCUGCGAAUAUUACUCGUACAAUAACUCAGCAGCCUUUAAGCACUCAGCAAUCAGCAUUGUUUAAGCACGCACAGUAGAGUGUUGUGUGUCGGUAAUCCAACGUUGAAGGCUGAGGAUUGGGGGAGAUCACAGCAGUGGGUGGGUUGUUUUGUUUGAACACUCCUCAGCUCCGAGUUUGAGUCCCGCGAGACAUUUCUACUAUUCCCAGAUCUGGGAUUUCCAUAUUUCUCUCCUCUGUUUCCUGCUCCAUCAAUCUCUUUUACAAUCGUCUCGAGAUGAAAAGGAAAGAACCCACUUAUUCAGAAUAUCCAAUCCACGGGCCCUCUUCCUCAUCGACCUCUCCAUGUGUAGGUGAUUAUGAAGGCAAAACCAAAAAGCCGAAGGGAAAUGAUUACGAAGUGUUCUUGAGCUUCAGAGGGGAAGAUACUCGCAAAGGCUUCACCGAUCAUCUCUAUCAUAACCUUCACCAUGCAGGAAUUCGCGUGUUCAGAGACGACAAUGAGCUCCGUGUUGGUGAGGAAAUUGGUCCAGAGCUUAUUUGCAGCAUUAAGCAGUCCACGAUCUUGAUCCCAAUUAUCUCUAAGAACUAUGCUUUCAGCAAAUGGUGCCUUCGUGAGCUGGCUCUAAUGUUGAAGUGCAAGAGAACCAAAGGGCAAAUAGUGCUGCCCAUAUUUUACAAAGUGAAACCCUCACAAGUGCGCCAUCUUACAGGGAGAUUCGAAGAUGCUAUCAAGGCACAUAAAGAGAAUAGGGACGAAAUGGUUUUGAAGGAAUGGAAAAAAGCGCUCAAAGAAGUGAAGGAAUGGGAAGAAGCGCUCAAAGAAGUCAGUUCUUUGAAAGGAUGGGAAUCGGAGAAAAUUGAUAACGGGCAUGAAGGAGCAUUGGUCAAAAUUGUUGUCACAUCAGUUAUGAGCCAGUUAAAAAGAACUUUUCAGUUAAUUGUUCCCCAACAGUUGGUUGGAAUUGAUGAUCAUAUCAAAAACAUUAUGAGCUUCAAAGAUGCUAAAUUCAAGGGUACAUGGAUUAUCGGAAUUCAUGGAAUGGGCGGUAUCGGUAAGACGACUCUUGCAAAGGCAUUAUUCAACAAACUCUUCGAUCAUUUUGAGAAUUGUAGAUUUGUGGCAGAUUGUCGGGAAACAUAUCAGCGCGAGGGUAUUAAAUGCCUACAAAAGCAACUCAUAUAUGGCCAUGGAAGUUCAUGUGAUGUGUCUAAUGUGGACGAGGGAAUCCGUCUUAUCAAAUCUAGAUUUGCACAUAAGAAAGCACUCAUUUUUCUUGAUGAUAUAGAUGAUGCUGCUCGCUUGAAAUAUUUGGUCGACCGUGGUUGGUUUAAAGCAGGAAGUAUAGUCAUCAUAACAACUAGAGACAAGGAUGUUCUUGGCCAAGUUAGUGCAGACCACAUGUACAAACUCAAUGAGUUGUCUGUGGAUCAAUCAUUGAUUUUAUUCAGUAGACAUGCAUUUCGACAGGAUUCUCCUCCAAGUGAUUAUGAAGUUAUCUGUCGUGAUGUCGUAUCUACUACCGACGGGCUUCCUUUAGCUCUUGAAGUAAUAGGUUGUUUCUUAUGUGGAAAGACACAAGGAGUAUGGAAAGAUACAUCACAGAAAUUGAAAAAAGUGCCUCAUAAGAAAGUGCAAGAGACGUUAAGAAUAAGUUACGACGCAUUAGAUUAUGAGGACAAACAGAUAUUUUUGGAUAUUGCAUGUUUUUUUAUUGGAUCAUCUAAACAAUAUCCGAAUUAUAUGUGGGAAAGCUGCAAUUUUUUCCCGGGGAAGGGGAUUGCAGUAUUGAGUCUUAUGUCCUUAAUUAAAAUUGACAAGUACGGCUAUCUAAGGAUGCAUGAUCAAUUGAGAGAUCUUGGAAGGGAAAUUGUACGUCUAGAAAAUCCGAAGGAGCCUCAAGAGCGUAGCAGAUUAUGGAUUAAUGAGGAAGCUAUAGAUGUGCUUGCAAGCAACAAGGGCACUAGUAAGAUUGAGGUCAUUCAUCUUGACAAGGGAGGAAGUUACACAGCGGAACAAUUUAAAGAACUGACCAAAUUGAGGUUCCUUAAAAUGACCAAUGCGAAGUUCACCGCAGAUUUCCAGAUCGUGCUUCCUCAAUUAAGAUGGCUUAAGUGCCAUGAUUGUCACUUGGACUUAGAAGUGGCCAACUUUCAUAUGAAGAAAUUAGUCGUGCUUGAUAUGUCGUGGACUCAAAUUUCAGAGAACUGGAGAGGAUGGGAUCCACUCAAGAUGUCAACUAAGCUCAAAGUUCUUAAGCUCUCAUAUUGUCAAUCUUUGAGAAAAACUCCCGACUUAUCCGAUUUCAAAAGCUUGGAGAUUUUGAUCCUUCAUGGAUGUGACAAUCUAGAAGAGAUUCAUCCUUCUAUCGAGGAUAUCAAGACCCUCGUCUCAUUGGAUGUUAGUUGGUGUAAAAAACUGAAGAAGCUAUCGGAACGAGUAGGUAGGAUGGAAGAAUUGAGGGAGAUCUUCUUAAAUGAUACUGCUAUACAAGACAUUCCUAUUCCGAGAGAUUGUUUGAUGAAAUUGGAGAAUGCCUCCUGUGAAGAUCUUACUCAACUUUCAAAAUCUAUGGACUCGAUCGAAAAGUGGGCAUCAUUGACUGAACUGAACCUAUCUGGAACAGGGAUUGAAGAAUUACCUGAAUCCAUUGGUUCUCUGAGAAAGCUCAAGACUUUUGAUGCCUCUUGUUGUAAAUCGUUAACCCGCAUACCCGGCUCCAUAGGCUCCCUCGUGUCUCUAUGGUGCUUGUCAUUACAGGAAUGCUACUCGUUGAGGGAGAUUCCCGACUCGAUCGGAAAGUUGGCAUCAUUGACUGAAUUGUACCUAUUUGAAACAGGGAUUGAAGAAUUAUCUGAAUCCAUUGGUUCUCUGAGAAAGCUCGAGACUCUCGAUGCCUCUUAUUGUAAAUCUUUAGCCCGUAUACCCAGCUCCAUAGUCUCCCUUAUGUCUCUGCGGAACUUGUUAUUAAACGGAUGCCCCUGUUUGAGAGAGAUUCCCGACUCGAUCGGAAUGUUGACAUCAUUGACUAAACUAGACCUAUCUAACACAAGGAUUGAAGAAUUACCCGAAUCCAUUGGUUCUCUGAGAAAGCUCGAGACUCUCGAUGCCUCUUAUUGUGAAUCUUUAGCCCGUAUACCCAGCUCCAUAGGCUCCCUCAUGUCUCUGCGGGAUUGA